AUGGACCAUAGGUAUCCCGUGUGGGUCAACGAAGAACCGGAUACCGAUUUGGAUAACCUGAUAGUUGACAUCCUCAAUGGUCAACUAAAUGAGAGGUUUUGGGAUGGACUGGCGUGUACCGAGGGCGUGAAAAUAAAAUAUCAGGCCAGGGCAUCUGCUGUUCCAGAUACAGUGGAUGAGAGUCCUUCUACUAAGAGAAAAAAGGACAAACAACCUAUUGAUGGAUCUGAAGCUUCAGAAAUGUCAAUUAAAGGCCUCACAACAAAAAUAGAAAGCAUCGAUGUUAGUGUAGCUGACGUAUCUGACAAGGUUAUUAAAGCAAUAGAAGCUACCAUAGAUGCUAGAGUGGAUGCUAGAGUGGAAGUACAACAGGCUGAAUUAAAGAAGAAUAAUGCAAGAUUUGAGGAAGAAGUAACUUUUCUUAAAACCAAGGUUGUGGCAUCUCCUCAUGUGAAUAUUUCUGCUGGUGUGGCCAACUCUAAGGCGUAUGAGGAUGAUGGCGGUAGUAGCAACGAGUUGUCAUGGAUCCUUCAGAAGAAGAUCGGUUCAAAAGAUAGAUUACCAAUGCAAUGUGUUGUGAAGAAGGAGAAAAUAGAUAAGAAGACCAUCAAGAAGGACGAUCUUAAGAACAAGGAAGUGAAAAAGAAAGGAAGGACAACUCAAAUACCACUUAAAAAGGUGAAGCUAGAGAAGGCGUUCGAGAUCCCACAACUAAAUGAUGAAUCGAUUUCGACAGCAGGUUUGGAAAGAACUCAGAUGUGGGAGAAGAGUGUACAGUCUAGGGCUGUGUUGGACAAGCUUGCGGCAACUUUCUUGGAUCCUUCCCAGAAACGCAAAACUCAGUUGACGCAGACUCAAACGGAAGUAUGA